ACUGUCAGACUGAACAAUAUGUGCAUUUAUACAUCGACCCACAAAAACUAACCUUUAAUUUCGUAAAUCUCAUUUUAAAUAGAAUUCGUGUCACAAUAAGGCACCUGAAAGAAAAUCGGUGUUUGGGAGAAAACUGAAAAUCCACCGACUAACAAAAAUGUCCAACAAAGAUGCAUUCAAUAAGUGGUUAAAUAACAAAUUGAAGAGUUUAAACACCGACGAAAAUGUUUUUGGAUCAUACAUACUGGGAAUACUUGAAGGUGAUGAAACAACGGAUGAAAAAUGUGAGGCUCUCGAAGGAAUUCUAUCUGCAAUAAUCGAAACUGACCUUGAAAAUGUGAUAAAAGAGAUAACCGAUGAAUGGGAAAAGUGUGAACCAAAAAGCGAUACGCCCGCAGCGGAAAGCGAAGAUGUUGACGCUAAAUUGGCACGAUUAUUAGAGACACAGCAUCUAGCGACAACGGUUCAACGCCAAUACACCGAAGAGGAGUUAAAAAUUCGCGAACAAAUCCUAUCGCAAUACAGUCAGGUCGAGUACGAUGAUGGCUACGAUGAAGAAGUCGAAGAAGCGGCUGGCACCAGUUCAACACAUGAUAACAAUGAUCCGCUUUUGAUUAAAAAUACAAAUGCCGCUGAUGUUCAACAAUUGGCCAAAGAACGACGUGAACAGGCCAAAAAUGAUAGUAAAGCCAAAAAAGAAAAAGACAAACUUGAUCGCGAAAAACAAAAACAAUUGCGCGAAGAGAAAAAAGAAAAGCGAAAAACUGUGAAGGGCGAACGGCGACGGUAGCGUGAUUUUUUUCUCGUUUUUUUUUACUUUGGCAUUAAACUCGAAUCAAAAUAUAAUUUUUCACCCCUUUUACGCGGUAUUUCACUCAUUAAUGUGUGAUAGACAGAAAGGACACGAAAAAAAAGGAACAGUGACUUGUGAUUUUUACAAAGCAAUUUCUGAGUAACUUUAUAACACAACGUCAUUCAUUUACUCAUAUAAAAAAAAAAUCAAUCAACAACAGCAGCAUUUUGAAUUUAGUCGCAAUUUGAGUAGAAACAGAGAUAACAUUAAGCUUAUUUUAACACAUUUACAAUUAAAAAAAAAAAAUGUUUGAUUUGCCAACUGAACCGGAUGAAAUUGAAUAAAAAAAUAAUAAUAUUGUGAACCAGAUUUUGAAGUUAA